CUUGUGAUCAGACCUUAAACAACCAACAACAGACGAGCAACUACUAACAAUGGCAUCCACAGGCGCCGCCACUAACCUCCUCCUCCUCGCGAUGGUGGUGGUUGUGGCUACUGCCGAUUACUAUGCGCAACCACAACCUUACGUUCCCAAACCAACAACCACCUACACAUCACCGGUUAAGACUCCAUACUUGCCAAAAUCAAACCCUGACAUCGCCAUCGAAGGUUUCAUCUUGUGCAAAUCUGGCUACAAAACCUACCCCAUCCAAGGGGGCAAGGUUAAGGUUGUGUGUCCUGUCGUGGAUUCAUAUGGAAAGCUAGUGGCUAAGGUUACAAUCUCUAGCUACCCAACGGACUUGAAGGGAUACUUCUACUUCAUCACGUACGGACUCUCACACAAGGUGAAUAACAUCAGCAGCUGCAAAGUGAAACUCGAGAGCUCUCCGGUCUUCACGUGUAAGACUCCGACCAAUGUCAACAAAGGUGUCACCGGAGCUCCACUCUCUCCCGACAACUCCAAGUUCCUUAGCCACGACAACUUGACCCUCUACACCCUUGAACCUUUCUAUUUCUCAAGUCCAGUGGCUCCCAAACCCGUUUACUAGGGAUCACAAUCAGUCAUUAUAUCGCGGUUUAUUUGUAUUCUCAUUCUUUUUUAUUAAUCUUGGCUAUCCUUUUGCUAUGUUGAAUAAUAAUACAUUAAUGAAAUAUUACUUAGUUUCCUAAUAAGAAAAAGCUGUCAACAAGAAAAGAAAAGAGAAUGCAUAUAAGAUGUUACUUGGAUGAUUAAUUCCAAUAUAC